AGGACUCGUCUUAGAAAAUCCAGAAAUUUUGUCAUCUUCUUUGUUGGGGCAGAGAAGUGUAAAGUGUAAACACUAAACAAGAACCCUUGUCGUUCUCGAAACCUAUCUAGUCGGUGCUCGUGAUUUUUUCCGGUUUUUAUGGAAAUAUGUUUUGACUUUCGUAUGAAGACGCCAUAGCCAACACGUUUUAAUGAUGCAAUUAUUAGACAGAAUAGUACAAUUUCAUAACCGGUGAUGCAAGUUCAGAAGUGGAGAUGGCUGUGGUUUGCGUGAAUGGCUUCCAUUACUGACCUACUGUUGCUCUCUCUCACUCUAUCGUUGAAACACAUCUUAGAUUUAAUUCUGUGAGGAAGUUAUCUAAUGAGAAAGAGGGGAAGAAAAGAGAAGAAAAUGGGAAGAGCACCAUGCUGUAACAAAGGUGAAGUGAAGAAAGGUGCCUGGACUCCUGAAGAAGAUAAGAUACUCAUUGAUUACAUCACUAAGAACGGCCAUGGCACCUGGCGUUCUUUUCCUAAACUUGCAGGACUUCAAAGGUGUGGAAAAAGUUGUCGUCUCCGAUGGACAAACUACCUUCGUCCUGAUAUCAAACGUGGCGCCUUCAGUUUUGAAGAAGAACAAACAAUCUUCCGUCUCCACAGCUUACACGGCAACAAGUGGGCAGCCAUUGCUGCACAGUUACCAGGAAGAACCGACAACGAGAUCAAAAAUUUCUGGAAUUCUCAUUUACGAAAACGGAUUCCCAGCCUUCAAACCGACCUACCUUCAAAUUCAACAGAUACGAAGAGCAACAGAGUGGAGAAUGUCGCAAAACCAGAAGAUGAAGCCAAGCCAGCAAUGAAUCCCAUGAGUCACAGCGAUAACUUCCACCAUGAAUGGGGUUCUGGAGCUUUUCAGAAGGGUUUUAACAAGGUGACGACGUAUGGUAUCCCAAACCCUAUAAAGAUUGAACCAGUCUCUUUUGCGACAGUUCAAGCAAGUGAAUCUUGCGAUCAGAGUGUGAAGGAAGAGAUGACAAAUGGUUCAGAGUCUCAAAACUCUAACGAAGCACAGAAUGAAUUGGAUAUAACAUUGGAUCUACUGCUAGAUUUUCCUAACGAUGGAGAGUAUUUGCAAUAUGUAUAAGCCAGCCUAUGAUGUAUAAUAAGGUCAGUGGUAUAAUAAUGAAUUAUUAGUGUUUAGGAACUGAGAACAGACAUCAAUGAAUAAAAACUGUCACUUUGCUAUAUAUAAUGUACACAAAUUACACUAAUAUGUUAUAUAUGCACACCAAAUAAUGAAUCAUUAAACAAAUCAUACACAAUAAGAGAAUAUUGUAAAAGUAAACACACAUCAACAAAUAAAUAAAAUCAAGUUCCUGAAAAAAGCACACUUUGUGAUUAAAACCAUCCAAGCAGUUUCUUUGGGGUUUCGCCAGUAGCUCGACACUUGGCUGCAACCUCUUCGGCUUUAAUAAGAUCUUCUCCGCAUUUGGCUUCUGCAAUGGCUUUCUUUUCUUCUGCUUUUUUAUGGAGAAGAACUAUUUUGUUCUUCAUCUUCUCUAUAUACUUUGCCUUCUUCUUCUCCAAAUCCUCCUCCAUCUUCUUCAAUUCUGCCUCUAGGUCGGCUUUCUUGCUGUUUUCCCAUGCAAUG